GUAAAAACAGUAAAAAUGUAUAUGACAAAUAGCUUGUUCUCUUCUUUAUCUUCUCUUCCAGAUGUAGGGAACCAGUUUGUAGCUCAGGAGGCUGUAAGGAAACCUUCUGGACUGCGGCGCCCUCCUGCACGCACAGGAACGCCAACAUCUAGUAAGAAUGAUUGCUUCAACUGCAGUGAAAUCACAGCUUUGAGUGAAAAGCUCAACUCACUGGAGGCAAAGGUGCAGUUACUUACAGCGCCGGCUGCCGUAGCACAUCAGUACCAACAGGGUGAAAAAGGAUCUGUUCCGGAGGCCUCAAUACUCAUGGGCGCUGUGACCUCUCGGGGAGCUCCCGUUGAGCAGGGACCCACAGGUCCUCAGGGUGAAAAGGGGAGAGAUGGAAUUCCUGGGAGGGAUGGGAAGCCAGGAGUCCAGGGGCUGCCAGGUCCCAGUGGGCCAAGGGGUGAGGCUGGGAUUAGGGGUCCAUCUGGAUCCCCUGGAUUAAAGGGACCUCCAGGACCAGCAGGCCCACGUGGUCCACAGGGAUUUCCAGGAGAGAGAGGUCUACCUGGACCACCUGGGCCACCGGGACCUCCAGGUCCUCCGUUGUCAGCCAGUGUCCGCAUCUCAGAGGAGCACAGUCCCGGUAAAGACCCAUUCUUCACCAACAUUUUCCAUGAUUCCAAAGGUUUGCCUGUUCCAGGACCUCAGGGUCCUCCUGGACCCGUCGGUCCUCCAGGUCCCAGAGGCCCAGUUGGACCUCCUGGCCCAACAGGACAGAAUGGGAAACCUGGAGCUCCUGGAAUACAGGGUCCCAUCGGGGCAAAGGGAGAUCGUGGUGAGAGAGGCCCUUUGGGUUACCCAGGAGAGAGGGGCCUCAGGGGUGAGCAGGGAGCACCGGGACCUAAAGGAGAGCCUGGAGAGAAGGGGUUGCCGGACAUUAGCUUCAAGAUGUUCCAAGACUUGCAAGCAGACCUAGAGGUUCUGUUGCGCAGGGUGACACUGCUGGAAGCUAUGAUCUGGCCAGAGCCUGAUCUAGGGUCUGGGGAUGGACCGUUCGGUACAACCUCUACUGGUUUCUACAGAGAUAAGCGUGGAGGCUCUUUAUCGCGACGACGUUCUUCCGCCUUGUCUUCGGGCACCAAGGUUUAAGGGAAGUAGCUUGUCCCAGCCUACCCUGAGGAACACAGGCUGAUUAGAUCCCACCCCUUUAAAAUCUCAUUAGCAUCAGAUUCAGAUUUUAUCUGGUGUCCAGUCUGUGCUUUAUGAUCUUAAUUCAUAUGGGAGAAAACCUCAGGGAAACUCCACUGAUCCUCCAAAAUAUCCUGCUACAUCGGCACACUGAGAACUACAUUGCUAAACAAAACUCUUAGAAAAUGCUUCCAACUGCUGCUUGUGUAAUUCAUGUCUUCAGCUGCAAAACUAAUGAUGUUUUAUAAAAUUGUGUUUUGUAAAAGAAAAAAGCUGGGUCUCUCGCAGUGCUCCUUGUGCAGUAAACAGUUCAGGAAAAUAAGGGUCAUGUGUGGAGAUCAAGCGAAGGAGAACUCAGAUGUGUGGAAAGAGACUGGAUUUGUGACUAUACAACUUUCACAAUGUUAUUGCAACCUGAAGAGAAUCUGUUAUUUAAGUCUAUUGAGCAUGUACAGUUUACAGGAUACAACUUAACAGUUAGGCCUUCUCCUCUUGUAAUCAUUUCGUUUUAUCAUAUUGUUUAACUCAUAUAGUGCACUAAAAAGAUGAAGUCAUCUCUAAUCGUUCUGAUCGGUGUGUUUCUAACAGUGGUUUGUGUUUUUUGGUGUCUUUUUUUUCCACCCACUUAGAUUUAUACAUUUACUGUGUGCAUUUUGUGCACAAUUAUUUAGCAUUUAUUUUAAAUAAUUUGGCAAUCUGGACACAGAAAAAAAAUGAAAUGUAGGUGUCCACCUCCAUAUCUGCACAAACAGAGAGGAAAUGACUAUCAGAACUUGAACGUCUUCUUUUAAUAUCUUUUUUUUUCAGUGUUGCGUUAGUAAAUGAUUUAAACUGUUUUGAGAUUUUUUUUUUCAUUAUCUAUGAGUCAUUGUGAAAGUAUUUAUAUGACAUAUUGUAGUUUAGGUUUUAAGCUGUAGUAUGAGCAUUUUAUAUUUUGAAUUUGGAAAAAAAAAAAGGUGUUA